AAAAUGUAUUUGAGAACAUUUGUCUUUAGUUGCGUUCGGUAUAUGAGAUCGAUCAGAUCAGGACCGUUGGUUGUGCGUUCAAUCGUAUUUUUAGUUAUAUUUAAUGUGCAACACGUCGCGUUUAAAUCUAUUUUUGGUGAUUCUGAAAUUUAUGGAUAAUAUGUACGGCAACUGUGAUGAAGCACUAAUAUGUGUAGUGGUAAUACUGGCAGUUUAAUAAUUCACGUACUUAAAGGAAUAUUAAAUCAAGCAAACGCUUUGAUUGUUCGACGCUAUGAGCUAAUUAUAUAAUAUAAUGGCGAAUUAAAUCAAGUAGAUGACACUACGUUGGUUGUACCUUCUGACGUUGGUUUACGAAAUCGAAAAUGUCGAAAUCUAUGCGAAAUUCGCGUCACAACAGUCGCACCGAAUCCUCGAAUUCGUCCUCCUCUCCCAGCAACCCACCGCGAAAGCGUGUCAAACGAUGUUGUCGUAAUUUCGUCACUUUUAUGUGUACGCAAGUGGGUGUAGGCGCAUUAAUUGUACUCUAUGCUAUCUUUGGAGCGCUCUCCUUUAUGCAUAUAGAACGAAAAUACGUUGACGAGAAGACAGCCUAUGUCAGUGAACUGCGGCAUAAUUGUGCAGAGAAAAUGUGGAAUAUCACUGAAAAAUUUAAUACUUUUGACCGUAGCGAAUGGCAAAAUAAUACCUUAAAUAUAUUGCAACAAUAUCAAACAGAAAUCGCCACAUUAAUAAAAAAUGGCUAUGUUGGACGGACACCAGAACAGAUUUGGUCCUUUCCGGCGGCAUUAAUGUUCUGUUUAUCGGUCAUCACAAUGAUCGGUUAUGGCAAUAUGGUACCACGUACACCUUGGGGCAAAGGUUUCACGGUCAUUUAUGCCACUUUUGGCAUACCCCUUUAUAUACUAUAUUUCCUUAAUAUGGGGAAAGUGUUGGCGCGUUCAUUUAAGUUCCUUUAUCGCAGCUUACAUGAGUGUGCGCAGGAGCGCAAUACAUAUGAAUCUCGUAUGGAUGCACUCGAAAAUGGUAGUUUAGGUGCAUUACAACGGAAAAAAAUCAUUGUACCAUCAACUGCGUGCCUGUGGGUAAUCAUAUCCUAUAUUAUAACGGGUACUAUUAUGUUUGCGAAUUGGGAGAAAUGGUCUUUUCUAAACUCUUUCUACUUCUGCAUGACAUCAUUAUGCAAAAUUGGUUUUGGUGAUUUUGUGCCUGGUGCAUCAUUGAUAACAGCGGCUGACAUAGAUGCAGCAUCACUGAAAAUAAAAGAAGAUGCCUCUGCUGACCCCGAAGACUUGUUCAAUAUGCAACUAAUUACUGAUCAAAAUUCAAAAUUGGCAAUUAAUUUUUUCUAUAUGCUAAUAGGCAUGGGUUUGGUUUCCAUGUGCUACAACUUGAUGCGAGAGGCGGUACGCAUGAAAAUAAAGGAGAUAAAAGAGGAUACCAAACUAUGCUUGGAGGAUACACGUGCUCGAUUUAUGGGAUGUUGUGGAACACGAGAAUACUAUGACGAAGACUACUACUAAAUAACUUUCAAGACAUUUACCCAAAUAUAUGUGUAUAUAUAUAUGUAUAUAUUAAAACAUUUAUACAGAGUGUUUAGUGAGUGAGUGUGAUAU